GAAAGCAGCGCAGAGAUCGCAGAGACCAAGGAGGCGCCCGCGGCUGCAGAGCUGCGGAGCGGGAUCUCUUCGGGCUCUCUGGGUCCCGGCAGUCGGCGCGCAACUGGGCCAGAGGGCAGCGCAUCCUUUCGGCGCGGGCUGGCAGGGCCCCUGCGGUCAGCAAGCUGGCUCCCCGGGUGGCCACCGGGACCCCCGAGCCCAAUGGCGGGGGCGGCGGCAAAAUCGACAACACUGUAGAGAUCACCCCCACCUCCAACGGACAGGUCGGAACCCUCGGAGAUGCGGUGCCCACGGAGCAGCUGCAGGGUGAGCGGGAGCGCGAGCGGGAGGGGGAGGGAGACGCGGGCGGCGACGGACUGGGCAGCAGCCUGUCGCUGGCCGUGCCCCCAGGCCCCCUCAGCUUUGAGGCGCUGCUCGCCCAGGUGGGGGCGCUGGGCGGCGGCCAGCAGCUGCAGCUCGGCCUCUGCUGCCUGCCGGUGCUCUUCGUGGCUCUGGGCAUGGCCUCGGACCCCAUCUUCACGCUGGCGCCCCCGCUGCAUUGCCACUACGGGGCCUUCCCCCCGAAUGCCUCUGGCUGGGAGCAGCCCCCCAAUGCCAGCGGCGUCAGCGUCGCCAGCGCGGCCCUAGCAGCCAGCGCUGCCAGCCGUGUCGCCACCAGUACCGACCCCUCGUGCAGCGGCUUCGCCCCGCCGGACUUCAACCAUUGCCUCAAGGAUUGGGACUAUAAUGGCCUUCCCGUGCUCACCACCAAUGCCAUCGGCCAGUGGGAUCUGGUGUGUGACCUGGGCUGGCAGGUGAUCCUGGAGCAGAUCCUCUUCAUCUUGGGCUUUGCCUCCGGCUACCUGUUCCUGGGUUACCCCGCAGACAGGUUUGGCCGUCGUGGGAUUGUGUUGCUGACCUUGGGGCUGGUGGGACCCUGUGGAGUAGGAGGGGCUGCUGCAGGCUCCUCCACAGGCGUCAUGGCCCUCCGAUUCCUCCUGGGCUUUCUGCUUGCCGGUGUUGACCUGGGUGUCUACCUGAUGCGCCUGGAGCUGUGCGACCCAACCCAGAGGCUUCGGGUGGCCCUGGCAGGGGAGUUGGUGGGGGUGGGAGGGCACUUCCUGUUCCUGGGCCUGGCCCUUGUCUCUAAGGAUUGGCGAUUCCUACAGCGAAUGAUCACCGCUCCCUGCAUCCUCUUCCUGUUUUAUGGCUGGCCUGGCUUGUUCCUGGAGUCCGCACGGUGGCUGAUAGUGAAGCGGCAGAUCGAGGAGGCUCAAUCUGUGCUGAGGAUCCUGGCUGAACGAAACCGGCCCCAUGGGCAGAUGCUGGGGGAGGAGGCCCAGGAGGCCCUGCAGGACCUGGAGAAUACCUGCCCUCUCCCUGCAACAUCCUCCUUUUCCUUCGCUUCCCUCCUCAACUACCGCAACAUCUGGAAAAAUCUGCUUAUCCUGGGCUUCACCAACUUCAUUGCCCACGCCAUUCGCCACUGCUACCAGCCUGUGGGAGGAGGAGGAAGCCCAUCAGACUUCUACCUGUGCUCUCUGCUGGCCAGCGGCACCGCAGCCCUGGCCUGUGUCUUCCUGGGGGUCACCGUGGACCGAUUUGGCCGCCGGGGCAUCCUUCUUCUCUCCAUGACCCUUACCGGCAUUGCUUCCCUGGUCCUGCUGGGCCUGUGGGAUUAUCUGAACGAGGCUGCCAUCACCACGUUCUCCGUCCUUGGGCUCUUCUCCUCCCAAGCUGCCGCCAUCCUCAGCACCCUCCUUGCUGCUGAGGUCAUCCCCACCACUGUCCGGGGUCGCGGCCUGGGCCUGAUCAUGGCUCUAGGGGCGCUUGGGGGGCUGAGCGGCCCGGCCCAGCGCCUCCAUAUGGGCCAUGGAGCCUUCCUGCAGCACGUGGUGCUGGCGGCCUGCGCCCUCCUCUGCAUUCUCAGCAUUAUGCUGCUGCCGGAAACCAAGCGCAAGCUCCUGCCGGAGGUGCUCCGGGACGGGGAACUGUGUCGCCGGCCUUCCCUGCUGCGGCAGCCACCCCCUACCCGCUGUGACCAUGUCCCGCUGCUUGCCACCCCUAACCCUGCCCUCUGAGCGGCCUCUGAGUACCCUGGCGGAGGCUGGCCCACACAGAAAGGUGGCAAGAAGAUCGGGAAGACUGAGUAGGGAAGGCAGGGCUGCCCAGAAGGCUCAGAGAUACCUUACGCCAGCCAUCGCGAGAGCUCAGAGGGCCAUCCCCUCCCUGCCUCCUCCUUGCUGCUUUGCGUUCACUUCCUUGGCCAGAGUCAGGGGACAGGGAGAGAGCUCCACACUGUAACCACUGGGUCUGGGCUCCAUCCUGCGCCCAAAGACAUCCUCCCAGACCUCAUGAUUUCUUGCUCUAUCAUUCUGUUUCAAUAAAGACAUUUGGAAUAAAUGAGCAUA